AUGUCCUCACCAAAUCCAUUCUCAGCCGUCGUUGAAGCGGCCCAUGACGAUCCUGCAGAGAUACAGAAGGUGUACACCGCACACCGCACUCAAAGGUUUGCGAAACAACGCAGCCUCUUCCUAUCCGAGGCUUUCAAGCCCGAGGUCGAUACCAUUCUCCAACGCACGCUCGACCCGUCCAUAGAGCCUGGCUAUGUCGAUCCCCGACAUUCCAUCGUCCUCUGGGCGCGCCCCCCUGCCCCCGUCCGCGCGCUGGUGGCCGAAAUACAGCGGAAGUUGCUCGUCGCGGCACCACACCUUUGGGCGAUGCCCCCGGCCAACCUGCACACGACCGCACUCGAGAUGGUGUACUCCGUGACCGAAAAGGAAAUUUCCGCAAUCAUGGCUAUCAUCGGGCCGGCUAUCGGACAGAUGACCGACUACACGCUCACGCACCGGACCAGGCUGGCCAAGCCGAUGCUCGCAUACGACGUGGGCGGAGUCGCACUCACCUUGGUGCCUGCAGCGGGCGAAGGCCGUGAGGAGCGCUCCGAGGAUACAGAGGCGGAGGAUGAUGACGCCUACACGUAUCACCACCUCCGCCGCGAUCUGUUCGAUUUGUGUUGUUCAACUGGACACAUCAUCACGAGUCGAUACGUGGUUCCAUCGGCACAUAUAACGAUCGGGCGAUUCAUCACCGACAUCGAUUUCGUUCUUUCGAGCGAAGAUCGCAAACCAGAUACAGUGAAGGUGAAGAGGUGGGUGGAUACGGUAGACGAGAUCAAUGACUGGCUGCAAAGCGAGUACUGGCCCGCAAAUAGUGAUAUCAGAGCUGGGGGAGAAUGGAUCGUCGGGGAGGGCGUUCCGCUGGAGUUAGGGGCAGGGCGUGUGUGGUAUGGUGUAGUACAGUAG